GCCUCAACCUCAUCAUCAACCACACUUCCUCACUUGCCUCCAUAUAUAGCAACCUUUGCUUCUCUCAUUAAUUAAUUCACAAACUAACUUAGCUUCCAAAUUCAUAUGGAGAGGGUGACAAAGAUGGUAUCAGAGAGGCCAGUGGUGAUAUUCAGCAAGAGCUCGUGCUGCAUGAGCCACACCAUAAAGACCCUCUUGUGUGACUUUGGGGUGAAUCCAGCGGUUCAUGAGCUGGAUGAGAUCCCAAGAGGCAGAGACAUUGAGCAAGCUCUUUCAAGGCUUGGUUGUUCUCCAUCUGUUCCUGCUGUCUUCAUUUCUGGUGAGCUUGUUGGUGGAGCCAAUGAAGUCAUGAGCCUUCACCUUAAUCGCUCCUUAAUUCCAAUGCUUAAGAAAGCAGGAGCCCUUUGGGUUUAAUUGAUCAAUUCAUAUAAUUGAUCUUCUCCCAAUUCAUCACCACUCAUCUUGAUCAACCACACAUAUAUGCAGGCUCUCUAAUUAAUAAUUAUACCUGUUUUGGUUAUAUAUAUGUAUGUAAUGAUGUGAUUAUAUACGUAGGAGCAGCAUAUAUAUAAUGAGGAUAUAUGUGUGUGUGUGUGUGUGUGUGUCCACGGUAUUAUUAGGAUAGAGUAUAUCGCACUAGCUAUGUAAUAAUGAGGCUAACUUAACUGAUCGUGGUGUAGUUUAGCCUUUUUUGACGGGUUAAAUCAAUGUAAUGUUAUCUUUUUGAUAUACAUAUAUAAUAAAUUAGAUGGAGUUGCAGCUUA